GUAACCUCCUGAAUUCAAAUAUUGUUUAUCUUUAUGAACUGCUAUAAGUUGUCUUGACUUGUAUAUAUAUUAUUGAAAUUUAAAUUAUUGGAGAUGGAUAAGAAAUCUCGAAAACGUAAGCAGAAGAGAAGUCUAUUAGGUCAAGCAAGGAAAUAUGGGCGAAAAGGACAGUAUGGUAGAGGUACUCACGUGGGUGAAGAUGUGUAUCAAUAUUUUUUAAAAAUAUAUGAAAUGAAACUGGAAGAAUUUGAAACGGAAGAAGAAAAAAUUACUUUUGCUAAUAAUGCUCUUAAGGAGACAGAAGACCAAGAAGUGCACCUUUCCUCUAAUCAGUUUGUUUCUCGCGUGAUUGAGAAGCUGUUACCAUUUUCCAAUGAUGAUAUUUUAUUCAAAUUUGUCUCUUCAUUUUCUGAUCUGCGCAUUUUGUCUACUGACAACUACGCAAGUCAUGUAUUGCAAACUUUGAUUAAAGUUUGUGCUUCCAGAUUUAGGGAGAAAGGAGAAUCAAGUGAUGAAUCCAAGUAUUGUGAAUAUGUAAAGAGGGUUUCACUUUUUAUAUUCAAUAAUCUAGAAGAAUUUAUAGAAGAUCCAUAUGCCAAUCAGAUUGGUAGGUGCUGUCUACAAGAAUGUUCAGGAAAUGAAAGCAAUAAGCCGUUAUCUUCCGAAAUCGUUGAUAAUCUUGCUUUAAGAAUUAUGAAAUGGCCUACCUUGGAUUUUGUAACUAACAACGAGCUGGCAUCAGGUUUCAUGCAGGUACUCUUAACGUCACUGUCUAAAACAGAUCUUAAACUGACCCAGAAAUUGAUUAAAAAGCUUUUAAACGAAUGUUUUCUCAUCGAAGAUGUCAAACUGGAAAACACAGAUGUUGAAAAUAUAUUUAGUUCUAUGGCUGCUACAAGGCUUUUGGAAGCUAUGAUUGAAGUUUCGACGGGGAAGAGGUAUACUCAGAUUCUAAGUAUGCUGUUCCUCAGUCGACUUACAUUGCUUUCUUGUAACAAAAAAUGCUUUAUAUGCAUUCAAAAACUUAUUUCCUCGUGCCAAGAUCUCUCCGAGCUAAAGUUGAUCAAUGUAGAAUUGAUUCCUAAUUUUGAAAAACUCAUCAGUGCUGGCAAUCUUGGAGUACUUGUUGAAAUGGCAAAAGCUUGCAUCCGCCUUAAAUCAAGUGAAGGAGAAUUUCUUAAAGGUUUGAAAGAAGCACUUAAAGCUGAACAUAGCAGCAAUGGUGAGCUGGUUCUCAAAUUGCUAUUCCUUUCCGGUGACACUGUUAAUAAAAAUGGUUCCCUUCUUCUACAGACCUUAUUUCAGUUUAAGAAACCAAUUUCUAUUGUUGAAAACCUUUUAUCUGUUGACACCAAUAAAUUGAAAGAAAUCUUCUUGGAUCCCAAAGGCUCCUAUAUUGUUGAUGCUUACGUCUCUUCAAAGACAAUCGGUGAAAAGAGUAGAGAUAGACUCAUACACAAAUUUAAAGGACACUACAAAGACCUUGUUCUGGAUAAAUUUGGUUCUCGGGUCGUAGAAGCUCUGUGGUCACGGGCAAGUUUAAAAGAAAAGCACCUUAUCAUGUCCGAGUUGGACCGAAGUAUUUGUAGAACAGUUCCUGGGAGCAUAAUUGCAUCCAAGUUUCGUCUUGAUUUGUACCUUUACGAUAAGACGAAAUGGGCAAAUUCUGAAACAAAAUCAGUUGUUAAAAUAUUUUCCGAAAUUGUUGCUUAGCCUGUGAUGCAUCAAUGCAAAUAUUCAGGAACAGUAUGUCAUUGAAUUGUAUAUCUGAUGGUAAAGAUGGUAGUAAAGGAAGAAAUUAGAAAAGUACACUUCGGCAAAGUAGAAGGGAAACGCUAAGAGUGUUUGAAAGAUAAUGCGAUUCCAGCUGAACUACCAAAAAGAGAUGCAGUUGCCUGCUUCCACCUGGCC